AUGUCUUCAGAAAAAGAGUCACCACCAACUUCAACAGAGAAUACUCAUAUUUCAGCUCAAUCAGAGAUAGGAAUGGGACGUCAGUCUCCCCUUCCAAUAAAUGAGGGACCAAGUAAAAAUAAUCAGCAAGAUAUAAACAAACUGACAGAAGAAAUGUUUUUUAAAGUGGCCGAUUAUUUAAAGGGAGAGAUCUUAGAUACUAGCUUCGAACCAUAUAUUCAACAAAUUGAUGAAAUAUGUGAACAGGUCGAUUUUUUGGAAAAAGUUGCUAACGAAUUAGACGAAUAUUCAAAAGAAUUGG